AUGCAAGGUUCAGCAAAAGAUUACCAUGAAAAUCCAUUAUUAAAGCUCCUGAAAGCCACAAAGAAAGAAAAGCUUGCAGCAAAAUCCAAUAAAUUUACUCAACAAUUGAUGAACAAGGUUACGUUCAAUACUUCUGGAGGAAUAAGCAAGUCGUCCAUAAGAAGACGCAGAAGGAAAGAAAAAGAACAGUUAAAGCCCCAAAUGAACGAUCUUUUAAUAUCUCUUCCCGACUCCUUUGAAGAUUCAAAAUAUCCCUCCUCAAAAAACCAGGUUCAAGCGUCCAAAAAGCGCAAUAUACCAAAUGCUACAAAGAAGACUGGUCACCAAAAGCUAUUUCAACAAGAAAAGAAGAACUUUACUGAUGUCUUAAAUAGUCCUGACUUUAAAUCAGCACCGUUUAGUGCAUUAAGAAAUGCAAUACUGCAAAAUGCGACGUCGAAAUAA